AUGGCUGAUGCCGCCGAGGUUUCUCGAGACGAAGAGUCCGAGGGCGAGGAAGAUUCAGAUGCGCCCGAUCACCAGGACAAGAAGCGACGCAAGAAGACCGAUGAGGCUGGGCCGGUCAUGACCGACAACUUCCAGACAGCGGAGUCAAGAGAAGUCGCGGGCGCCUCAACAUUUGUUUCACAGGAUGCGUCGCUCGUUCUGUCACACAAUAUCCAGCAUCAGGUGGCGCUUCCGCCCGAUCUCAACUACGAGUACAUUCCUCUUUCCGAGCAUAAGUCGCCCGAAGAGCCCGCGCGAACAUAUCCCUUCAAGCUGGAUCCCUUCCAGAGCUUGUCUGUUGCAUCGAUCGAGCGCGACGAAAGUGUUUUGGUGUCGGCACACACCAGUGCGGGAAAGACGGUGGUGGCAGAAUACGCGGUCGCACAGUGUCUCAAGCGCAACCAGAGGGUCAUUUACACCAGUCCGAUCAAGGCCCUGAGUAACCAGAAAUACCGAGACUUUGAGGCCAUUUUCGGAGAUGUUGGAUUGAUGACUGGUGAUGUUACCAUCAACCCCACGGCAAGUUGCUUGGUCAUGACCACGGAGAUUUUGCGAUCCAUGUUGUAUCGCGGUUCCGAGAUUAUGCGCGAAGUUGCUUGGGUUGUAUUCGACGAAAUCCACUACAUGCGAGACAAAACUCGAGGUGUGGUUUGGGAGGAGACAAUCAUCAUGCUUCCCGACAAGGUCCGAUACGUUUUCCUGUCUGCCACCAUUCCAAACGCCUUCCAGUUUGCCGAAUGGAUUGCCAAGAUCCACCACCAGGCCUGCCACGUCGUUUACACUGAUUUCAGACCUACUCCACUACAAAACUAUUUCUACCCGGCUGGAGGAAAAGGAGCCAGAAUGGUGGUGGACGAAAAGGGCUACUUCAACGAGGAGAACUUCAACCUGGUUAUGGCCGAAGUUGAAGAGAAGAAGGGCUCUGACCCUGCCGAUUUCACCGCCAAGAUGAAAGGAAAGGGAAAGAACAAGAAAACCAACAAGGGCGGUGCUGAUGAAGGCUCCGACAUCAACAAGAUUAUCCGAAUGACGAUUAAGAGGAAUUUUAACCCAGUCAUUGUCUUCAAUUUCUCCAAACGGGAGGUUGAAAACAUGGCGGUCAAGAUUUCCAAUCUCAACUUCAACGACGACUCUGAAAAGGCCAUGGUAAACAAGGUCUUCCAGAGCGCUAUUGAGAGCUUGUCAGAACAAGACCGAGAGCUGCCGCAGAUCCAGAACCUCCUGCCGUUGUUGCAGAAGGGUGUUGGUGUCCAUCAUUCUGGUCUGCUGCCAAUUCUCAAAGAGACAAUCGAAAUUCUGUUCCAGGAGUCUCUGAUUAAAGUGCUAUUUGCGACUGAGACCUUCUCUAUUGGUCUCAACAUGCCUGCCAAGACAGUUGUCUUUACUCAGGUUACGAAAUGGGAUGGUGUCAAUAUUCGACCAAUCACCUCAUCGGAAUACGUUCAGAUGGCCGGACGUGCUGGUCGUCGUGGUCUUGAUGCCCGAGGUGUUGUCAUCAUGAUGAUUGACGACAAGCUUGAGCCAGACACCGCCAAGCAGAUUGUCACUGGCCAGCAGGAUAGACUCAACUCUGCAUUCUACCUGGGCUACAACAUGAUUCUUAACCUUCUCAGAAUUGAGGCUAUUUCUCCUGAGUUCAUGCUGGAGAGAUGUUUCCACCAGUUCCAGAACGCAGCCAGCGUCCCAAGCCUCGAAAAGGAUCUGAUGGCACUGCAGCAGGAGAAGGAUGCUCUGACAAUACCAGACGAAGCCACCGUCAAGGAUUACUACACGAUCCGACAACAGUUAAACACAUACACAAAGGACAUGCGGGCAGUCAUUCAACACCCGAACUACUGUCUACCUUUCUUACAACCUGGCCGACUUGUGCAGAUUCACAAUCCCAAGGAGUCUGUAGAGAAGAUUGGUGGCGGACUCGACUUUGGCUGGGGCGUCAUUACUGAUCAAUACCCGCGACGGACUCCCAAGCUCGGUGAGCCUGAUUACCCGCCCCAGGAGUCCCACAUCAUCGAGGUUCUUCUCUACCUUUCCAAGUCAAGUGCGGAGAUUAUUCCUGGCCAGCCAUCUGGAGAAAUGCCACCCGGCCUUAAGCCCUCCACCGACGAUGAUGGCAUGUUCGCAGUCGUGCCUUGCCUCCUGACAUGCAUCAAAGCGAUCAGCCAGAUCCGAAUCUUUAUGCCAAAGGAAGGCCUGAAGUCUGACGACGAUCGCAAAGACUCCGCAAAGGCUUUGAGCGAAGUACAGCGCAGAUUCCCAGACGGCGUGCCUGUCUUGGAUCCCCUGGAGAACAUGGAUAUCUCGGAUGAAUCUUUUAAGCAGCUUCUCCGAAAAAUCGAGGUUCUCGAGUCCAGACUCGUAACUAACCCCCUGCACAUGUCUCCUAUGCUUCCUUCACUGUGGGAUCAGUACCACGUCAAGGUUCAGAUCCUGGACAAGAUUAAGGAGAAGAAGAAGGAGAUUGCCAAGGCCCAUAGCAUUGCGCAGCUGGACGAACUCAAAUCCAGAAAACGUGUGCUGCGUCGUCUCGGAUUCAUUAACGACGCCGAGGUCGUUCAGCUCAAAGCCCGCGUAGCCUGCGAAAUUUCUUCUACCGAAGGCCAUGAGCUGCUUCUGUCCGAGCUUCUCUUUGACCGAUUCUUCAACGAGAUGACCCCUGAGACCAUUGCCGCUGUUCUUAGCUGCUUUGUCUUUGACGAGAAGAUUGAGACCCAGGCAUUGAAGGAAGAGUUGCAGAAGCCGUAUCGCGAAAUCCAGGCCAAGGCUCGAUUGAUUGCCAAGGUUAGCCAGGAGUCUAAGCUGGAUGUCAAUGAGGACCAAUAUGCGCAGAGCUUGAAGUGGCAGCUCAUGGAGACGAUUUAUGCGUGGGCGCAGGGACGACCAUUUGUUGAGAUUUGCAAAAUGGCAAACGUCUACGAGGGUUCGUUUAUUCGUAUUUUCCGCCGUCUUGAGGAGCUUCUGCGACAGAUGGCUCAGGCCGCCAAGGUUAUGGGCAAUGACGACCUGACGAAGAAGUUUGAGGAGAGUCUAGGAAAGAUUAGGAGAGAUAUCGUGGCUGCUCAGAGCUUGUAUCUGUAA